AUUGAAGUACUCAGGGUAUGUGUUUUCAUGAAAUUUUUGAUGAAAAGGAAGCACUCCCGAGAACUCAUCAUACUCAUCACCCCCAAUCCUACGUCACCGGAAGCAGCGCAUCGGCGACGACCAAUGGCUAUCAGAUCAAGUGGUCGUAAAAUAUCCUUCAAUAUUCUCACAGCCUCAGCCAACGGAGACGGCGACGAUAUUGAAUGGCUCUCAACUGCAGCCGCUGCUCUUCACCGAUCCAAGUCCGAUCCUCCCGACCCCCGCCAAAAGCCCCACAAGAAGAAGAAAAAGAAGAAAAACCAGAGUAAGGUGAUUGAACAUUCGCCGGUUUCUGAAAGUCUCAUUUGCUGUGAUGUAGCGGCCCAACGGGAUGAAAGUAAUUUCACUAUUAGCUCGGUAGUUGGGACGCAGCAUAGCGAACUGCGGCAGAGGAAUGCGGUUUUGAGUGGAGCGAAAGAAGAGGGAGUGACGUCGUUUCCCCUUAACAAGGAAACCGAGAGGAAUGGAGAUGGAAAGAGCGAAGCUGAGAAAGUGGAACGUAAUGCAAGGGGGGAAAUGGUGAAUGGAGGGGAUGUGAUUAUGGGGCGUAAUUUGGAAAAAGAGGUCUCUCUGGACUGGAAGAGGUUGAUGGCUGAGGAUCAAAACAAUGAGUUUCAUGUGGAGAAGUCACCAGUGAAGUUUUUAGUGGAAGAGAUGUAUGCUGGAAAUUCUUUAAAAAGCACAGUGUGCCUCGGUAAUGAGAAAGAACGAGAGAGAGUGUAUGACACGAUAAUCCACCUACCUUGGAGGUGUGAACUGCUUAUUAAUGUGGGAUUUUUUGUCUGCUUGGAUUCAUUUCUCUCAUUGCUAACUAUUAUGCCAACAAGGAUCAUCACAACCUUCUGCAAGUUUUUGAAAACUUGGCAGUUAAGUAGACCUUCAACAGCUCAGCUUUGUGAUUUUGGCUGUUUUGUUACACUGAUUAUUGGGGUCACCCUAUUACAACAAACAGAUAUAAGUUUAAUAUAUCAUAUGAUUCGGGGUCAAGGGACAGUCAAGCUUUAUGUGGUAUACAAUGUGUUGGAGAUAUUUGAUAAGUUAUUUCAAAGUUUUGGAGGUGAUGUUAUGCAGACUUUAUUUACUACCGCUGAAGGGCUUGCAACUUGCUCAUCGGAAAACAUGCAAUAUUGGCUAAGGAGAUUCAUCUUAGAUGAAAUCGUAGCUGUGACAUCGUCAAUUAUUCAUUCAUUCAUCUUGUUAGUUCAGGCCAUUACUUUGUCAACGUGCAUAGUUGCUCACAACAAUGCAUUGUUUGCAUUGCUUGUGUCAAACAACUUUACAGAGAUAAAAAGUAAUGUCUUUAAGCGCUACAGUAAGGAUAAUGUUCACAAUCUUGUAUAUGCUGAUGCUGUCGAGCGGUUCCAUAUUUCUGCAUUUCUAUUGUUUGUUUUGGCUCAAAACAUACUUGAAGCGGAAGGUCCGUGGCUUCAAAGUUUUAUUUAUAAUGCCCUUGUUGUGUACAUAUGUGAAAUGAUGAUUGAUAUCAUCAAACAUUCUUUUGUUGCGAAAUUCAACAACAUAAAGCCCAUGGCAUUUUCAGAAUUUCUUGAAGAUCUAUGCAAACAGACUUGGAACCAGCCUGAAAAUGCCAAGAAUAACCUGGUUUUCAUUCCUUUAGCGCCAGCUUGCGUUGUAAUUAGAGUGCUACGUCCAGUUUAUGCUGCUCAUCUUCCAUAUAGUCCCUCUCUCCUGGAGAUUGUUUUUGGAAUUUUUCUCCUGUCAGCAUUGACCUUUAUCAUGCUAGCCAGCCUCAAAAUAUUAGUCGGUAUGGGGUUGAAGAAUCACGCCGGUUGGGUAUAUAAAAAGAUGUCAGAGAAGGAAAAAGCUUCAUACUGACUGACUGGCUGGCUCAUCUUGAUUUGAUGGAAAAUAUACUUUCAGAAAGAACCGUUGUACCUUACUCUGACAUUAAGGUUGGGAAUGGAGGGAGAACCGCUUUUUGAUGUGCUAUGCCAAGCAUGAUGGUUGCUUAUGGAGAUAUGUCUUGCAAAGCUGAUAGCUGAAGUUUGUAUAUGCCUUCAAAUUUUGCUUCAUGGAAAAGACAACUAGUUGAGAAUACACACAAUUGUUAUCGAGGGAUAAAGAGAACAUUUGAACGAAAAUUUUGUCUAUAAACUGCUUUCAGUCAUUGGUAAUUUAUACAGUUAGUACAAUGUGGGCAGGUUUUCACCCAUUUACAACAUGAUUUGGAAUUUAGUUCAACUAUAGAAUAGAGAAUAUUCUAAUGUGAGAUGAUUUGC